AUGGACUUCGUUUCCUCGGACAAAACAGUGAGUGUGGAGGAGACAAUGAUGAUGGAAUACGAUGAAGAAACCAAUCAAUUCGAUGUCGAAUUUUGUCCGGUUGAACAUCCGGUUGAACCGGAAGAAGAAGAUCGUCCGGUUAAAUGUCCCGUACCAAUCUCAUCUUCUCUAAUCCACGAUUCAACGGAGAAAACUAAACCGGAUUGGAGGAAAGUACACCGAGCCAGCUGCGAAAUUCCGGUUUAUGAUUCCGGUUUACCAAAUCCACGUCAUCAUGUACGUAACGUACGAAAGAGACACAACUCGUUCGUUGAAGGAAACAACAACAACAAUAAUUUCUUCACGAGAUCUACGAUUUCUACGUCACGUUCAAAUGAUGAUGACGUAACCACCAAAUCUCGAAGAUCCAAUGUCACAAUCUACCGACUUCUUCAACAAGUUCACGAGUUCGAGCCGUGA